AAAAGCAUAACACAAUAUCAACAAUAUGGCUGACAGGAAAAUUACGAACGGUUUCAUUGACAAAAAUGAUGCCAACAUAACAGAAGUACUGGAUGAUGAUAAGCCAGCCGUAUUAAAAGAUUUUGAUGGAGCCACCCUAGAAAUUAGUUCCAAUGACAUUCAGGGUACAGAUGUCGUUAAUACCAAUAUUCUCACCGAAGUUGACAUUGUUCAACCAAGAACUGCAAUUGGAAAGAACAACUCAAGUACGGGCUCUUCUACAAAUCAAGGCUUUUCUAGAGACAGGCCUGGUAGUGUUAUUGGAAGAGCCAGUGUCAGAUCGGGAAGCAGUCGUACAUCAACUCGACCUAAUGUGGUUCAAAGUGAUGUAUCUGCACGUUCCUACUACUGUUAUAAAGUGAGGGACAUAAUUGACAUAUUAUUAUGUAUAUUAUAGAUACUUCGAUGAAACAAGGGAGACUACUAUUUUUUUUGUAUCGGAAAUGGCUGUCGGCGCCGAAAAAUCCGAGUUUUUAAUUUUCCGAUGUGUGUGUCUAUUUAUUAUUAAAUUAGUUCUUUCCACAUAUAUUUGAGUUCCGUUUCCGGCCUUAUAAUUUGGAAGACAUCUUGGCCUACAUUUCUAGCCAGCUAUUUUGCUUUUUUCAAUCGACCUUUAUUUUGAAAAUCUUUGGUAUAUAUAAGGCAUCUUCGCAUACAAAAUUUUUUGUGAAAUAAUAAGAUAAGGUCCUUUUUGAUUAAAUCUGUAUGAGCAUUAGAUAUUGAUCUAUAUCUGUGCCAAGUUUCAUUGAUGUAGGUCGUGUCUCACGUUUGUUACACUUGUCACAGUGACCCAUAUCACCAUAAGGUGGCUCAGCCUAAUUUCGACAUGGCGUGGGCCACGCCCCCUUUUUAAUGGCGGAAGUUGCCGAUACUUAGGAAAUAUUUAAUUAUUACCACUAUAUACAUCAAAAUAUUUUAUAUUUUGUGUUUCAGAAUGCAUUUUGAAGACAUUUAAACUGGAAAUGUUUUAAUUUGAGCUUUAAAAACCCUGCAGAGUCCAUAUUAUAAAUGAUCAGAAUUUUCCCUGUGCAACACGUUGUCAUUGGCAACCAUUCACAGCCACUUGCAUAACGGCUACGUCGUAGUACUAUCUCAGAGUUUCAUUCAUAAGAGUUUGCCGUGUGCAAAAGCUAUUAAACCAUUGGUCAGGGAAAGCUUUUAUUAAUUAUUCAUGUGCCAAAGUUGAAAGUUUAAAAUAAGUCGACCCUAAACAGUAUUUUAGUGAUAGGGAAUGCGUUGCCUUAUAUAAACUAUAUAGUCAUUGCGCAUGACGCGAUCAGUGGAAUGAGGUCACAGAAUGUGGAGAUGAAGUCCAUGUUAAAAAAUGACAAACCAAGUCGUACUUUAAAAAUUCAUAACUUUAAAACUACAACAGCUAAAAAUAUGAUUUUGGUGUUAUAAUUCUGUUUAAAAUUAGCUCUAUUCAACUGUGCCAUUGGUUUAUUUUUAAAAAAUGUUUACAUUUUUUACCAAAGUAUCUAGUAUAUUAUAAUUAUAGAUUUAUUGUUCCUAUAUAUUAUGUAGCAUUCAUUAUAAUAUAUUAUAUAUAUACUAUAUAGCUAGGCCUAGGCACUUCUAUUGUAAAGCAUGAGAGACUAAUUCAAAGUUUUCAUGGGAAGUUGAAGUUGGUGCACAAGACUCUGAGUUUUUAAUAUUUGAACGUUGUUGCUUUUUCAUUCGUGAAAGUAAACGGCAGGACUAUUUUUUCAUAAAAUUGUGAUAUUCAUCCACACAUUUACACAGUAGUCAACAACUUUGUCUAAAUUUCCAUUGUAAUUUUUUGCGUUUUAAUCGAUCCCAAUAUUACAAAUUUUUUUGAUAUAUAUAUAUAUAUAUAUAAGGCAUGUUUCCCUCAAAAAUGUUUGAUGAAAUUAAAAUAAUAUGUCUUUCACAUUGAAUACUGAAAAGCAUUCUCUUUUGUAUAUGAAUAUAUAUGUUUGCCAGUUCUCAUUGAUGUCGGUUGUGUCCGAGGUUUCUUAUUCUCAUACCAGUAACCAAUAUCAUAAGGUCACCAGUCUGGUGUCACCGGCAACAAAGAUGGCAACCAUGUAAAAAAAAAAGUAGUGCAAAAACACGAUAGAGCGAUGGGUAACAUCAAGCAAACAAUUAACAUGAUUAGGUCUAUAAGUAGCUACUUUGAUACUUCUGCGCAGGUUGAAAAAUGAUGAUAAAACUUGUGUUAGGCCUUCUAUAAGGGCUUUCCUAUCACUUCAACUAAAUGCGUUCUUUGUCAUUGUUGUUUAUAAAUUAUUGAUUUAUUCAUCAGUGACAUUGAAACUUUCGUGUUCCGGUUACCCUACUGAAUUUUAGUCUUAAUUUGGGUUAGUGAUAAGGCUGGGGAUGUGUUCCACAGUAAUAUAAAUAUAAGUCAUUGAGGUUUCCCAUAGUGAACUUCCAGCUAUACCUACAUAUUCAAAAGAUUUCAAUUUUAGCUGUUAUUUGUUUGAUGCUAGUUUUUUUCUCUCCUUUUUUAUGUAUGUUUUGAAAGUGGGGGGGAGGCAUUCUGGGGAAGGGUCUCAGAGUUGGACAGGUACUGAUGAUCAACUCUUCCACCUCAGCCAGAGGAUUCUAAAUGGCUUCUAUGAUAGAGUGUGGAAGAAAGACUUACUUUUGAAGUUAAACAAUACAUGGAUUCAUGGCAAGCUGUACAAUUGGUUGAACAUCUUUCUUACUGAUGGUACUAUUAAAAAAAAAAUAACUUAAUGCAACCUCAUCAAACUGUGUCCUGAAAGAAGGGAUCCUACAAGGUUCAUCACUGUGUUGUACCCUAUUCCUAAUGUUCAAUAAUGACCUUCUGGACGAGCUACAGGUGGAGAAGGCACUCUACACAGAUGACCGUGUGAUGUGGCAUACUUGAUUACACACAGGUGUAAGUGUAAGCGCAGGGCACCUUAAAAAAGACUUGAUUAGACUCAGUAUAUACUGUGAAUAGUGGAAACUAAAAGUAAACAACCCCAAGACACUAUACUAGUCUUCAUUAGAAGCCAUAAGGGAGCCUAGCAGAACAUUACACUUUCCCUACAUGGCACCAUACUCCAAAAAGAAAACAACCAAGCACUCUAGGUGUCCAGUUAGAUAGGCAACUCAGUUUAAUUAAGCAUGUUAAAAACUAUAAAGAAGUUCCUUAAGACAGCUAAAUCUUGCUAAGAAGCUGGCCAGUGCCUCAUGACUACACUGCACCAGUUGUACAUAGGAUAUGAGUGAUCAGUGAUGCAAUACAGCUUUGCAAUCCAGUUAAUUUUCAGCAAGACAGUACAGAACUCUCUAGAAAUAGCAUACAUUAAUGUUCCUAGCAUACAUUAAUGACCUACCCGAGAAACUGACAUCACAGGCAAGACUGUUCGCAGAUGACACAGCAGUGUAUAGGACGAUCGCCAACAGAUCUGACCAGGACCAGCUACAGCAGGAUCUCAAUCUGUUAGCUGAGUGGGAGAUGAGCUGGGACAUGGAAUUUCGCCCUGCCAAGUGCCAGACACUAUCAGUCUCUAGAAGUUGUACUCCUCUACACUACCAAUACGAACUGCACGGCCAUAUACUUGAGCAAGUUUCCUCCGUAAAGUACCUGGGUGUUACCAUUCAAAGAGAGGUCCGCUGGGACGAGCAUAUUAACAAUGUAUGUAACCAAGCAAACAAGACCCUAGGGUUCUUAAGGCGAAAUCUAAAGAUUGACAACUCCUGUGUGAAAGAAAGAGCAUAUAAAGCCUUUAUCCGUCCGAUUUUAGAUUAUGCAUCUUCAUUCUGGGACCCAUUUACCCAGAAGAGCAUUGACAGCUUGGAGGCGGUCCAGCGACAAGCAGCACGCUUUGUCCUAAACCGCUACAGGAAUACCUCUAGUGUUGGCAGCAUGCUAGAAACCAUUGGAGAAACGACGACGACAAUCCAGGCUCUACCUGAUGUACAAGAUAAAUAAUGGGCUGGUCCACUGUUCCAGUAAACAGAAACUCGUCCCUCUCCCCCAUAGACAGCGAUGAGGCCAUGACAGGCAAUUCAGGCUCAUACCAGUAAGAAGCCAGUAUAGGAGCUGCUCAUUCCUGCCCAAGACAAUCAGGGACUGGAACAAUCUUUCAAAAGGAACGGUUGAGGCGACAACACUAGACACAUUUGUGUCUAUUGCCUCAAGCCUUCAAACCCCUAGUGCAUGAUUUCCUCAACACCAGUAACAGAAACAUUGCAAAUCCCAUCUACAUGCAUAGGAGCCAAAAUGAUCAAUAAAUUGAACCUUGGGCCCUUAAGAUAUAGAAGAAGAAGAAGAAACACCAGGCAGUCCACUUCAUCUCAGGAGGUCUAAGAGCUGCCCCAACAUCAGCAUGUGAAAUAUAUACUAAUGGGCAGUAAUUAUGAAGCAGAAGUGACUUUUUCAAGUGAUAUUAUAUUCUCCAAUUGCAAAUCAAUACAUAAGGCAGCAGAAAAUCAAGAUCUUACAACGGUAAAAUCACUACUUCUGAAAUUAAACACCUGCUUUGAAACCUAUACAGUCAACGUAACUUGAGAAAGGGUAUCAGGACACCAUAAUAUAUCACAAAUGAAAUAGCUGACUACUAGCAAACCAGGGAUCAUCUAAGGAACAGCUAAACAUACCUAGAUCACUCAACACUGCGAACCAGAUCAUCGGAGAUAACAAAAAAGAAUUAUGGUUAAAUGUGUGGGCUCUAGGUUCAACAGGAAGUUGUGUUUUCACACACAUGCUCAUCCCAUUUGCUAAAGAUCCAAUUAAGCCGCCGCCAAGGACAUGAACAUGUCAUAAUCUUUCCCCUGGUCACAGAAUACUAAAUCACCAAUGUGCCCCCUCUGCAAACAUCCAAAGGAAACAGUAACAAAUCACCUCUUCCUCUGCCCAGCACUUCAAGACUUACUCCUGAACUAUCUAUAAAAAAUUAAAAAAACGAACACCCAGUACACCAACAAAGAACAUCUGCGGAGAGUGUGUAAAUUCUUCACCAUGGCUGCAGGGAUAAGGGCAAAUGGCUAUUGGAUUUGAGUGAUGAUGAUUGUAUUAUCAACACAGAUAAAGGGCAAGAAUGCUCCUCAAUGAGUCGUCAAUUAAAAUAUUUAGAUCUUUUUGGGAUAUUGAAAUGAUAUUUUCCUUUUCAUUACAAGUAAAUUUAAAAAAAAAAAAAAAAGAUUUUUAUUCUUGUAUAUAGAGAUUUUUUAAAAACUAAAUUCUUCAUGAACAAAAGUAAAUUUAAAAAAAAACAACAACAGUUUAGCAUGUUUAUAUUUUCCCAGGACAGCCACUUUGAAAAAGCAGUGAAUACUGUUAAAAGUAUAAUCAAGCCGGAUCUAGAUGGAGAGUUAAAAUCAUCCUGGCUGCUUACAGAGUACGCUCUUUUAAAUUAUUUUUUAAUUAAUUAUUGAUUUCAUGUGAAAGAAUUUCUAAUUUUUAAAUUAGUGAGGGAGCGAGAGAAGGCAGCGUGACCUAUGUUUCAAUUAAUUUUGGAAGAUAGAAAUGUCUGACCAUAGUUAUAUAGCAGAGUUUUGACAAUUAUUAAUUCCAUCCUUUUGAAUUAUUUUGUACAUAUUUUAAUUUCUAAUAUCAUCCAUAAAAGUAUUUAAAUAAUGUUCAACAGAAACAAACAAAUUAAUUUUAAACGAAAUUUUUUGCAUUGCACAAUUCAUUGCUACAAGUUGCUUAAGCAAUCAGUCAUGUAUUUAUGUUUUUUGUUUAUUUUCUGAAGGAUUGACCACUGGGACUUUGAGCGAGAGAAGAUAAUUUUGCUUACAGAGAACUCAAUGUUUGUUGUGAAGUAUAACUUCAUCAAUGAGACACUUUAUGAAUAUCGUCGCAUCAUGCUUCACAUUAUCAACUCCAUCUAUAUUGGCGACUUUCAAUAUCCCAAUGCAUCAUUGAUGCCGUAAGUCAGCUAAAUUUGUAACUUUUAGCUUCAAAUCCUCAAUAAAAUCUGUUCUCUGAAACAAUCGAUUGACUAAUUAUAAUUUUUUUUUUAAACUGCUAUGGUGGGUUGUUUUUUUUUUGUGGCUUUUUUUGUACCGGGUAUUUAAAUAUUUUUUCACUCAUGGCUCUAAAUUGCAUUUUAAAAACUUGUCAUUUUGAUUAUUUUAUUUUCAUUAAAAUUAAUAGAUAAUAUUUAUUAAAUUUCAAUUCAACGUAAUUGUAUUUAAAAGUGUUUUGAAUAUUUCAAUUUUAUGUACUUUAUGUAUUUUAUUAUUGUUAAAUAUAUUUGUAUGAUGAAUGAGACUUUAUUAUCAAUCAUCAAUCAAAUGAAAUUCAUUAAACUCUUAUGCUGAUGUAGAGGAAAAUCAGGAAAUUUAUGUAUAAUAAUUAUCACAUAACAUCAUACAUGGUACGAUGAUUAGGAAAGUAAAAAUGUAGCUCACACACACAUUAAGUGUCCAUACAAAUACAACAUUAGAAUGACUGUAACAUCAGUCAGAAGAUUACCCCUCUAAAUCAUUAGUGUUCCAUUGAGAAAUAGACAUUUUGAAAGGAAUAAGAGCAUUAUUGAUAUAUGAGACAAUUAAUAACUGAGGAUAAAUCAACAAGUCUAUGUGAAAAUUUAAAUAGAGAGUAAAAGAUUUCUUUUCAGAAAAAAAAAAAGAAAAAUCAUCCCACUUAAUUUUUGCUGAUCAUCCCCACAUGGAUCUAAAUGAUCGGUUGCCGUGACCAUAGCUAAGAAUCUUACCCACCUAAGAGUGCAAUAACAAGGUUUUCUUAUAAAGCAAUGUAACUUAUGAGAGUAGCAGUUAUAUUGGAACAUUCGAGAAAAAAACAUCAAAUAAAUUGGAUCAUUCGAGAAAAAAAACAUGAACCAUCAGAUAACUAAUGCAUUUUUUUUUAAAUACAUGUUUAUGGCCAGAAAGUUAGUGUAGGUGUUAUUUUAUAAUAAUAGGUCCUCUCAUAAAAAGAAAAUUUUUGUGUCAUAGGGAUCGCAAACAUGGUGGCAUCCAGAUACGCUGGGACAGGGGUGAACAGUUGACUUUUGGUCAGAAGUGGAAUCCUUGGUGCUCAGACAUACCCUGGGUCACCUUGUCUCAUCACCCUCUUAUAUACAACAGGAAAGAAAAUGAAACAGUGACUUACAAUGUGGAUGAGUUUUUCGAGUCAUUGGUUACUGCGAUUAGCAAGGUAAAUACAUUUUUAAAGUUCUCUGAGGGCCAAUUCUUUAACUCAUUGUUCACAAAUGAUUAGAAAAAUUUCACAGAUAAUUUUUUUUAAAUAUUAGCUACCAUUUUUGCUGUUACUGGUAUACCAAAAAUCUAUGCUGAUCGUCAUGUUGAAAAACUCUUAUUGUUGGUGCAUUGUACUUUUAUGCCAUCAUACACUGUGAAAAAUCAAAAUUUGAAGGGAAAAAAUCUGAUGCAUAUUACUUUAGUUUAGUGGGGAUUAGCUUUCAGGGAUGAAGUAAUAUAGUUGAAAUAUGUUUUCUGCAAUGGUGAUGGUAUCCAUGAACAUCUCUGCUGCACUGCUAUUGCUUUACUGUAUAUCUAUAUAUAUAGACUGGCGUUGGGUGGGUUUAAAGUGUUAAGAUAGAUAAACGGAGGAAUAGAUUUACGUCGAUUAUAAUUUAACAGGCAGUAUGAUAUUUUAUGUUGGUCUGGCAUUGUCAGCAUCGUAAGGUACCAGUGCAGCCCCUACUUUAGUUCUUAGAAAUAGUUUUUUGAAACUUCGAAAUGUAUUUGUUAAUACUGGUAUAAAAAAAAAUUCAUUUCAGAAUUUAAAAGUGGUUUGGGAUAUUUAAAAAAAAAAAAAAAAUCAACAAUAUACAGAAAUUUUUUUUUUAAAUUUUCGAGUUGCAUUUGUGGACUGGCAAUUGUCAUGCAAUAAAGCUGUAUACAUGAUUUUACUGUUUUAUAAUUGCAGGUUUUCACAGAGAAACGCCCAGGUGAGAAACUAAGAGUUGUUGAAGGCCCUGUUUUGAUUGAGAGCUAUGCAAGUCCAGCAUCACUUGUCUUCAAUCAGGGGGGCAUUGGUUUUUUCAGAGACAGAAAUGGUGUUAGUUUUUGAUGAGCUCAGAUAUGGCCCUAACGAGCAAGUUGAUGUGAUAUUGAAUCUUUUAUUUAUCCCUUGAAAAGUACCAGAGAGUUGCAGGUAUUAGAUUGAAUGGACUUGUCUGCUGAUGAUGACCAAGAAGACAACAGCUGUUAUUAACCCUUUACAGUCCAAGCCUAUUCAGUUUUGUCUACUCCCAGCGCCCAUGCAAAGGGAGAUAACUCCAUUUUAAAUGAAGGUUCUUUAUCUAAUUAAUUUACAGAUAAUAAACUAGAAGCAAGAAAAUACAAUAAAAAAAAAUACCUAAAUACAAAUAAAUGAUUUAAGCAAAAGUUAAACAUUAAAAAAGUUUCAGGGAACCUGCCAAUUUUAUUUGUGAAACAUUCCCAGACCACUCAUGAUCUUGCUGAUCAGUUGGAGUGGAAUUGAUAGGUCCGUUGUCAUCGAUGUCUCUACUAUUACUAUUAUCUUCUUCACUUGAAUCACUAUUACUAGUAGCAUCAUUUAAAUUAAUGUCUCUAUCGGAUUCUUCACUAUCGCUGCAAGACUCAUGAAAUGGUGAAGCUUCAUUAGGCCUAAGUUCUUUCAAAAUUGUAUCCAAGGCUUGGAAAGCCAUUUUUUACAGCAAAAAAAUCGCAACUUUUUUUUAAAAAAUCGUAGAAAAUUAGCCCCUAAACAAACCGCGAUCAAACUAGUAUCAAAAUAAAUGCCAACAACCAGGCUUUCUUCCAGUAGAACUAUAAAUCAGCGCAUUUCGGGCGCAUCGAACUGUAAAGGGUUAAGAAGGGCCAAAAAUGUGUCACAGGCCAACCCACCAUUGCUAAAUGUUUGACACCUUUGUAUAGCAGAUUCAACACCUUUGUAUAGCAGAUUUUCUUCUUUUCUUUUUUUAUAUCCCACCUUAUCAGUUUUAAUUUUCAUUAUGCAAAAGUUAUAAAAAUUGUUUUGUUUUACCCAGCCUUAAAUCAUAAUAAAUACGGUAUCCAUUAUUCUAAGCCUCCUCCAAAUUUUAAAAUAGAAGCAUAAUUUAAUCCUUAAUUGUAAUCUUGAUGUUUUAUAAUAUAUUUAAAACGUAUGCU